AUGAGCGAUGCGGAAGGAGAAGGCGACGGCGAAAUGUCAAAGACCGAGAAAGAUCAGAGCUGGAUACCCAAAAUUAUCAAGAAACGAGUGUGCACAACUUUCGUAGAGGAUUCUUUCAGUAAUGGCAGGCUGUGUCAGUGUGGGGGUACGCGGGACACCCAUGAGUCAGUGGCUCUGGGGGACUAUUUCAGCACAGCCAUCGUCAGCCACUGGAACAGCUCCCAGCAUUCCUCCGAGUACCCCACCGACGCCUUCGGAGAGCUGGAGUUCGCCGGCGCCAGCAAGAGACAAAGCAAAUUCCUGCGUCUCUCGUGGGACACCCCUCCUUCCAUCGUCUACACCCUGAUGACGGCCCACUGGGGGCUACCUCCGCCCAACCUGGUGGUGUCAGUGGUGAGCGGGGAGGGGAGGGCAAAAGUCAAGACGUGGGUACGGGAGGUCCUGAGGCAGGGAUUGGUCAAAGCCUCCCAGAGCACAGGAGCGUGGAUACUGACUGGAGGCCUGCGUGAGGGUGUCGGGAGGUGUGUAGGGGAAGCGGUAAGGGACCAUGCCACCGCUGCCUCCUCUGUCUCCCUGAACAAGGUGGUGGCUCUGGGCAUCGCUCCCUGGGGCCUGGUUCACAACCGCCAGCAGCUGGUCAAUCCGCAGGGUAGCUUUCCUGCUAGGUACUACUUCCAGAACACGUCCCGUGACUCAUGUUGCCUGGACAACAACUACCAGGCCUUCCUUCUGGUGGAUGAUGGGAGUGUAGGCCGCAGAGGGGGCGAGGCAGGCUUCAGGGCCCGGCUGGAGGACUAUAUUUCCCAUCAGCGUACAGGCAUCUGGGGCAGUGGAAGCAUUGACAUCCCCGUCCUGUGCAUGCUGAUAUCAGGAGAGACAACCAUGCUGGAGCGGUUGGAUCUCUCUCUGAGGAACUCCAUGCCCUGGCUGGUGCUGGCGGGGUCGGGUGGUGUGGCCGACCUCGUCAGCGACGUCCUGGAGAGCCUAUCGUCUGCGCCCCCCGUCCUGUCCUCCACUGAGGGGGAGGGGGAGGCGGGACCCAGUGUGGACCUUAAAGACAGAGUGGCCGAGAAGGUUAGGAAGCACUUUCCGUCCGAAACGGAGAUGGACAAACUGGUAGAACGGGUUCUGAGCAUCUACCUGAACAGGGAUCUGAUCACUGUCUACCACGGAGAGCAGGAGGGACCAGAUGACUUUGACACGGUCUUGCUCAAAGCCUUGGUUAGAGCGAGUAAGCAGCGUGUGUCAAGUGAAGCCAGCCCCUACACUGAGGAGCUGAAGCUGGCGGUUACCUGGAACAGAGUGGACAUCGCCAAGAGUGAGCUCUUCAAUGGAGACAUCCACUGGAAGUACCAGGACUUGGAGGACUCCAUGACGGAUGCGUUGGUCAACGACAAGCCACAAUUCGUGCGCCUCUUCACCGAGAACGGACUCAACAUCCUGGACUACCUGACCUAUGGGCGGCUGGAGAGCCUCUACCGUUCGGUGGCCGACAGCUCUCUAGCCUACGUCCUGCUGCAGCGCCGCCUAGGGGAGCGCCAGGGUAUGACAAGCUCGCAGGCCAUGCUGCUGGAUGUCUCUCCUGCCAAAGGGUCUGGUGGGUCGCCAGGGGGGCGGCGGCCUGCGAAUAAGUUCAGUUUAUUUGAAGUGUCGAGAGUCCUGGAGGACUUGAUGGGGGAUGUGUGUCAGCCAUUUUACCACUCACCACUGGGACUGGAGAACAUCUCCUCCCAGAGAAAGGCUCUCAAGCGUGUGAGUAAGUUGUUGCGGGGCGACUGUGUGUACCAGGACAAGCGCUGUCUCUUUCCCUGGGCUAGUCUCUUCGUCUGGGCUGUGCUGCAGAACCGCAACGACAUGGCCGUCUUCUUCUGGGAGAUGGCAGGCGAGUCGGUCCUCAGUGCUCUGAGCGGCUGUAAGAUCCUACGGGAGCUGUCCAAGCUGGAGAGCGAGACGGAGACCAAGCUGGCCAUGAAGGAGCUAGCGCAGAGGUUCGAGAACCUGGCUCACGAUGUAUUCAGUAAGUGUUACCAGAGCAGUGAGAGUCGCUCCUUCACCCUGCUGAUCAGGAAGUCUCCCGUAUGGGGAGGGACCACCUGUCUAAAGAUGGGCAUGGCCGCUGACGCCCGCCUCUUCUUCAGCCACGAUGGAGUACAGUCUCUCCUGUCUCAGAUCUGGUGGGGGGAUAUGAAGAGGAGCACGGAGGUGUGGAAACUCCUCCUCACCUUCUUCUGUCCCGUUCUGAUGUACACCCAGCUCAUCUCCUUCAGGGAAUUGGAGGAGCCGGGGAAGCCUGAUGAGGUUGCACAGGGUAGAGACAGUGACAGCCUUUAUGGAGAAACAAUUUUCUCCUUCUCUGACAUCAAGCACAUGCCCAACACCCCACCUAAACGGCCUUUUGUGCUAUCCCGAUGGCGGCAGUUUUGGUUCGCACCCGUCACUUCCUUUUUAGGCAACGUUCUGAUGUACUUCCUGUUCCUUCUGCUGUUUGCCUACGUGCUAUUGGUGGACUUUAAGCCGCCACCCCCGCGAGGCCCCGCUUUCGCCGAGUGUGUGUUGUACUUCUGGGUGUUCACCAUCGUCUGUGAGGAGAUCCGAGAGACGUUCUUAGUGGGCAGCAUGAUGUGGCGUCAGAGGUUGAGGAAGUACGUCCAGGACGUUUGGAACAAGUGUGACCUCACCGCCAUCAUACUCUUCAUCAUAGGCCUCACCUGCAGAAUGUUCCAGUGGUCCUAUGACUUUGGCCGAGCAGUCCUGUGUGUGGACUACAUGGUCUUCACACUUCAUCUCAUCCACAUCUUCGCCAUUCACAAACAACUGGGGCCAAAGAUCAUCAUCGUCGGCAAGAUGAUGAAGGAUAUCUUCUUCUUCCUCUUCUUCCUGGGGGUGUGGCUUAUGGCAUAUGGGGUGGCCAAUCAAGCACUGCUGUACUCCUAUGACCCCCGCCCCGCCUGGAUCUUCCGGCGCGUGUUCUACAGGCCGUACCUGCACAUAUUUGGACAGGUCCCAGUGGAGGAAAUAGAUGUGAGGAAGGAGUGGGACACGGAGUGCACUGACAAUGUGACGCUGAUCGAGGGAGGCGCGGAGCCCUGCAGGAGCCAUUAUGCUAACUGGCUAGUGAUCAUCUUACUGGUCAUCUACCUACUGGUCACCAACAUCCUGCUCAUCAACCUACUCAUCGCCAUGUUCAGUUACACAUUCUCCAAGGUGCAGGGCCAGAGCGACACCUACUGGAAGUUCCAGCGCUACAACCUGAUUGUGGAGUACCACUCCCGGCCAUCCCUUGCUCCCCCCUUCAUUAUCCUCUCCCACGUUCACUUAUUCAUCAAGAGAUACAUCCGCAAGGUUCCCUCGGUCAAGAUCCUCCAUUUUGUAUUGGAGCUGACGGGGAGAGCAGCUAACAGGUUAAUGACAUGGGAGGCCAUUCAGAAGGAGAACUUCCUGACAGCCCAGAGCAAGAUCCAGAGAGGGAGCGACUCGGAGAGGCUCAAACGGAUGUCAGUCAAGGUGGACAGUGUGCUGAAACAGAUGGCUGAGACAAGGGAUCAUGAUCGCAGACUGAGGGCUCUGGAAUCGGAGUUGGAGUAUUGCUCGAGUGCACUCAGCUGGAUAGUGGAAACCCUCUCACAGAGCAACAUGGUCAAACCCAGUCGGCCACCGCCAACACUUAGAGAGCCAUUCCCUACCUCCUCCUCUUCCAUCUGA